AGUUGUUUUAUGUGUUCUAUAACAGUUGUUUUAUGUGUUCUAUAACAGUUGUUUUAUGUGUUCUAUAACAGUUGUUUUAUUGUUUUAUUUGUUUCUAUUUAUAACAGUUGUUUUGACUGUUGUCGAUCUGUGAGCCUGUUCUGAUAUCAAGGGAUUAUGUGUUUAUUUCCACAUUGUUUUAAGGAGCUUUUUAAACAGGUCACAGAAAUGGGCAAUACCGGUCAGUCACCCUGCCCUGUAGAGGCCUCGGCUGGACCGAGUAGAUGGUUUUAUCAAUGGUCAUUGACUAGGCUAUCAAGAGGAGAAGUAGGACCAUUUCCACCUCACUAUAACUGAUUGCAAACUAAACUACAGGAAACUACAGUAGAAACUGUGAAAUAAAACUACAGGAAACUACAGUAGAAACGGUGAACAAAACUACAGGAAACUACAGUAGAAACGGUGAACAAAAGUACAGGAAACUACAGUAGAAACUGUGAAAUAAAACUACAGGAAACUACAGUAGAAACUGUGUUACAAAACUACAGGAAACUACAGUAGAAACGGUGAACAAAACUACAGGAAACUACAGUACAAACUGUGUUACAAAACUACAGGAAACUACAGUGCAAACUGUGUUACAAAACUACAGGAAACUACAGUACAAACUGUGAAAGGAAAUCACAAAGAGACAUUGUGAGAGGAAACCAGACUAGCUGUUUUGGUAUUUGGACCCAAGUCAAAGCUAACAGAACAUGGAUAUUAAGGCACUUCAGACUGUCAUUUCAUCGUCUGAAACGCUCUACACAUGAACAGCAGACUGGAACGACUGGCACAAUUAUUAGUCAAGGGAUGUAACUCUGAAUUUUUUAUAUUUUUUAUUUUAUUUCACCUUUAUUUAUUUAACCAGGUAAGCUAGUUGAGAACACCUUUAUUUAACCAGGUAAGCUAGUUGAGAACACCUUUAUUUAACCAGGUAAGCUAGUUGAGAACAUCUUUAUUUAACCAGGUAAGCUAGUUGAGAACAAGUUCUCAUUUACAACUGCGACCUGCAAAGCAGUUCGACACAUACAACAACACAGAGUUACACAUGGAAUAAACAAACAUACAGUCAAUAACACAAUAGAAAAAGUCUAUAUACAGCGUGUGCAAAUGAGGUAGGACAAGGGAUGUAAAGGCAAUAAAUAGGCCAUGGUGGCGGAGUAAUUACAAUAGAGCAAUUAAACACUUGAAUGGUAGAUGUGCAGAAGAUGAAUGUGCAAGUAGAGAUACUGGGAUACUGAAUCCUUAGAUUAUUAGGAAAUGAGGUUAUAACAUUUUGUAUGGAACUUGUCAAGGCGUUCAUUAUGUCAACAGUGUGUUGAAUAUUAUGCAAUCACAAUCAAUGGAUUAUUUUAAUCUCAUUUAGAUUAUUUUUUUUAAACCGGGAGAAAUUUGGGUGGAAACAGCGCCACAGUGACAUCUACUGGCCACACACAUUAUCACGUCCCCGGGCCAGUAUUAUUGAGAACAAUGGAAACUGGAGUCUUUGUGUCCAUCCAGUCCACGCUCUCCCUCAGCCUCCCUCAGGCCCUGCCUCCUUCCCUCCCUCCCUCCCUCCCUGCAUCCCUCCUCCAGCUUUUGUCUCUCCAUCUCUGUGGAAUCUGGAUCCCUCGUCUCUCUAUUAUUCUCCCGUCUCCGUUUAUCUUGGAUGUUUUGUUGUUUCUUCCUGUCUAUCUGGUUGUCAGGAGCCCCAGUUCCUCCGAGAUGAACAGUGAGCCCUGGGCCAGGCCAAGAUACCAGGACCAAGCUGCAGCUGAACAUUGUACAGCAUCCCACCAGGAACAACAACAGCACCCUGACAAACUGUGUCUGGACUCCUUCUGGAGCGAGGUGGAGGCCAUACGUAGUCAGGGAAACGGAUACACUGACCUUGACACUGACAGCGCCAGACGAGACUCCAGACACUCUGAAGAGGGGGAGCAGGAGGAGCGGUGGCUGCAGGAUGCAGGUCUCUCCACUCUGAUCAGGCAGCAGAAACCAGACAGAGACAGGGACACUGGGGACCAGGAUGUUGACCAGGCCAUACUGCUGUCCACUCUGACCCGUACGCAGGCCGCUGCCGUCCAGAGGAGACUGGACUCCUACACACUGUCCCUGAGGAAGAGGAGCAAACACCCGCCACGUGACGUCAGGGACGUCUUCAGCUCAUCACCCUCCUCUUUUGCUCAGACACCUCUACCGGAGUGUCAAGACUCUGAGCCUACAGAGCCUAAAUCAUCUCUACCAGAGUGUCAAGACUCUGAGCCUACAGAGCCUAAAUCACCUCUACCGGACGACAGUAUGGAGACCAUCAACAAGACACCACUACAAGAGGUCAGCUUGGACCAGCAGAAGAAGCAUGGAGGUGCCCCUAAAGAGGAGAUUUUCAUCACAGACGUCGCCUACUGCGAACAGGCGGCCAUCUUGUUAAAACAGGCUAAGCUGCCUCAGAUAAAGAACAGCUGCAAGAGGAAGGAGGACGGCACACUUCCUAGGGUGAUCUGCCCCCAGUGUCGUCUGGGUGUAACUCGUAUCCAGGACUUGUCCAACCAGGACAUGAAAAAGGUACGUCAGCUGGCCCUGAUCGACAUGACAGCGCUCUGUGACCUGCUGGAGCUCGAUGUCAAACGACACAAGACCUGCAAGAGGAAGAUCCCAGAGGGUGCCCUGUUUGGGGUUCCACUGGCCACCCUGUUGGAGAAUGACCAGAAAGUCAAACCCACUGCUACCACUCCUCUCAUCCUGCAAGCGCUGCUGUGGUUCCUGGAGAAGAGGGGAGUUGACUCAGAGGGUAUUCUGCGGGUUUCAGGCUCUCAGUCCAGAAUCAAGAAGCUGCAGCAGGACCUGGAACAGAACUUCUACUCUGGAGGGUUCAUCUGGGACGAGGUCAGUCCUAACGAUGUUGCUGCCCUGUUGAAGAAGUUUAUCAGAGAACUACCAUCUCCACUUCUCACCGCGGAGCACCUCAACACCUUCAGUGCUACCAGGGACAUCCCUGAGCUGAAACAGAAGCUACACGUUCUGAACCUCCUCAUCCUCCUACUGCCUGAACCCAACAGGAACACACUCAAGGCUCUGUUGGAGUUUCUUUCCAAGGUCGUCUCCAGAGAGAGGAGGAACCGUAUGAACCUGUGGGCCGUGUCCACCAUCAUGGCCCCCAACCUGUUCCUGUUCCUCCACAAGGCCGUACCCACCCGCCUCACUGACAGAGGGCCAGGGGAGGAGAAAGGACAUGCUGAGAAGGCCCCCAACCUGUUACUCCACAAGGCCGCACCCUCUCGCCUCACUGACGGGGGGCCAGGGGAAGAGAAAGGACAUGCUGAGAAGGCUGCUGACAUCAUGAGGCUACUCAUACGCUACCAGGACCUGCUCUGGACCAUCCCUAACUUCCUGAUGAGCCAGGUGCGUAAGCUGAAUGAGAACAGUAACCGAAGGUACCAGUUCUACGAUCGCCGCAUCAAGAACCUGCUGAGGAAAAUUCACCAGGACCGCAAGGAUAAACCUGACAAGAACUCCUCCGAGCCUUGUCGUACAGUAAAGAUCCAGGUGGGUGAACUGAUGAGCAGCACCAUGGAGGUCAAGGUCAACAUAAACUCCAGAGCAUCAGACCUACUGGCUCAGUUCCACAGGCACCUCCACAGCUCUGACAAUACCAAGGGCCUGCUCAAGAGGAACGGUUUGGUAAAUGAUUUGGGAUCCUACCUGGACUGUGCCAUGUAUGAAGUGGGAGGAAAUAUUGGUGAGCACUGCUUGGACCCAGAGACCCAUCUCCUGGACCUGUACAACAACAACCCCAGUGGAGAGUGGGUCAUCAAACACAAACCGCUGACCACCAGUAAGGGACUGCAGAUAUAAGACAGUCGCAGGAGGAGGGAGAGACCAGCAGGGGGCUCCAAGAGCCAGCCAGAGGAGGAGGGAGACCAGGUGGAGUGGAGGAGAAGAGGAUGCUGCCACCACAAACCACCUCAAGGCUGAGCCCUCUCUCUGCCCAUUGCGGGGGAGACCAGACUAGGAGAAGUAAAGCAGCUACUGCGGAAAAACACCCCACCUCCAGACUUCAGGUGGAGGAGUGGCUGAGCUUGUGUCUCAGGCUGCUUCCUGGCUUGUCAGCUAAGCUCUCAGGCUCUCAGCCAAUCACUUCCCAGCAUCCGCAGAAGCCCAGCUGGGAAUCUGAUGCAGCUGCCUCCGAGUCUCUCUUUCUUUCUCUCCCACUCUCUCUCCAUUCCUUCUACUCAUGCCGUUUGAUCACAAAGUAAUAAGAGAGGCACAUGCACAGUAUAUCUCUUUUCCUUGUUUGUCUAUUUCUUUAAUGUCACACAGAGGGAAAGUCAGGUACUCUGAUGAACUGAUGUAAGGGACAGGGACUCUUAGGUCCCUGUCCCUGAUGGCUCUUGGCCUCUGAUGGCUCUAUAAGAGGCCCUAAACACAGGGGACAGAGGGCAUAGUUCUCUCUAAGGGAUCAAAGGUCAACCUCUAAGACAUGAUUAUAGUACCCCCUAAAGGGAACUGUUGUUUGAGACAGUGAAGCUGGACUUCAACCUUCCUGUUUUGUUUUUUUGUUUUUGAAGGAUUUUAUGAAGUAUUGAAUGUAUUGACUAUUUAUAAUUGAUUGGAUGUAUCUGUAUAUGUAUGUAGUCAUUAAUGUUCUCCUUGGAAAUUGUUCAAUAGGUGUUUCUGAUCGUAACAUAACAGUCAUGUAAGCUCAUCCAAUCUUUUCAGACAGUCUUCUUAUUCUUGUAAAUGUUUUGAUCAGUUGUACUUUGCUGCGGUUCUGCGUAUUUAUUCUCUCGUCCUAUUACCCAUGUGUCAUCACUUCUUCAGAGUACACUUCUAUAUGAAAUCUAUGAAUAGUGUUUACACGUUUUGAGGAAGCUUGGACAUUGCACCAUCACAUCAAUAUAAAGUAUACACAUGUUCUACAUGACAACCAUGAAUGUACACACCUACAACCUACCAUGAAUGUACACAUCUACAACCUACCAUGAUGUAACACAUCUACAACCUACCAUGAAUGUACACAUCUACAACCUACCAUGAUGUAACACAUCUACAACCUACCAUGAAUUUACACAUCUACAACCUACCAUGAAUUUACACAUCUACAACCUACCAUGAAUUUACACAUCUACAACCUAUCAUGAAUUUACACAUCUACAACCUACCAUGAAUUUACACAUCUACAACCUACCAUGAAUUUGCACAUCUACAACCUACCAUGAAUUUACACAUCUACAACCUACCAUGAAUUUACACAUCUACAACCUACCAUGUAUGUUACUCUUCUGAUGACACUCAGACAUUACAGAUGCAACCAACAACACAUGUAUUUACACAUCUACAACCUACCAUGAAUUUACACAUCUACAACCUACCAUGAAUUUACACAUCUACAACCUACCAUGAAUGUAUGUUUAGCUACCAGUCUCCUCAGAAGUGACAACAAGAAUGUAACAAACUGCAUAGAUCUCAUCUCAGUCACAGCAGUCAUUGGUUCAGUCAUUGUUCAGUACAGAGUCAGAGCCACAGCCUUCUGUUCUAUUGUGCUGCCAUUUUAGGAGAGAGAACCGAGCAGCAGUGUAAUGACAGCCAGCAUCCAUCACACAGUGUAAUUCCCUGUCUGUCACACGACCUACUGAUGCAUCGUCACGGUGUAUUGGUUCAUGUAUUGGUUCAUGCAUUGGUUCAUGUAUUGGUUCAUGUAUUGCAGGGGUGUCAAACUCAUUUCGCAUCGUGGGCCACAUACGGCCUAGGGAGAUGUCAAGUGGGCCGGACCAUUAAAAUUAUACCAUACUCUGCAGAUCAGAAGCUUUAACUGUGAAAGGUGAGCGAAAAACUGAAAAUUCUGUCUCAAGUUCACCAAAUACCUGAAAACGUUUCUCAAACUCC